GAGCCGCUGCAGCCAGCGGCGAGGACAAGAACAGCGGGGGCAAGAUUCCCGUACCCGUCUUCGGCGGGACGAGGAAGACGAUGAAGAAGUUCCGCCGAGAAGUCGCCACCUGGCAGAUUGGCGCCGAGGUCAAGCUGCCCAAGCGGGGCGCGACGUUUUUGGCCAGCCUCAAGAGCAGGGCCGAGGAGGCGUGCGAGGAGCUCGACCUGGAGACCACCAAGGGCGACGACUCGGUAGAGGUUUUCUUGGAGUGCCUCGGGAAGCGCUUUCCCAAGAUCGAAGCAUUGGAGUUACCAGCGCUCCUGGAGACAUUCGUGAAGCCGGCGUGCAUCCGGCGCAAGUUUGAGGAGAUCCGCGAUUUCAACAGUCGCUUCAACAGCAUAGCGACGAAACUGAGAGCUAAGGACAUACAGGUGCCCGACGAAGUCUUGGCCGACCUGUGCAUCAAGGGCGCCCGCCUGCCACCAGAGCGCGCGCCGAGCGUGCUCAACGGCGUGGGCAACAAGUUCAAUCCGACGAAUAUCCAGGAGCAGCUCGCGAUCAAUUGGCCCGCAAAAUAUCGGGCGUGGACGGCCACAAGGAGCGUCGCCACGACAAAGGCGGCUACGGAGAUCACAAGAAGCUCCGAGGGCUACGACGACGACUUGCCGGACGAACUGCAGGGCGCGAUAGACGAGGCGGAGGAGCAGGCGGCUUUUUUCGCCAAGAAGAUGGUGCGCGCCAAGGACGAGCUAGAGGAGGCCAAGCAGGCGGGACGCACUGUGGAGCUUGCGGCCGGAAGGGCCGCUGGCGCGGCGACCCCGCAGUGCCCCGAGAAGAACGACCCCAACGCGAAGGCCGACAUCCCGCGAAACGGAAGUCACAGGGCGAACAUGAUUACGAACGGCGGGGCCGGCGACGCGCAGGGGCCCCACGUCGCGGAGAUGGCGGUCGCGGCGGUCUACCAGCGCGAGCAGCCGAGAGCGGCGCGAUAUCGGAGGAAGGUCACUUUCGGCAACGCGUUGCACGACGUCGAUUUGACCAGCCUGCGCCAGCAGGCCUACAUGCCCGAGGAGGUGACGGCCGCCUCGUUCUACAUCAACAUGGACAACCAGUGCCCCAUGGCUGCGACGGGUUCGGCGCUCAUCUAUAUCAGCGUCGACGACCUACGCAUGGAGUCGGACGGCAAUCUGACUUUCGACACCGCCUGCUUGCGGUGCGGCGGCGGCCUGGUGGUGUACAGCCUCAAGGCGGCGCUGAUUCCUUGCUCGGUGAAUGGCAAGGCCUUCGCCGUGCGCAUGAGCAUCGCGCGCAGCGCCGUGCCGGGGCUGUUCUGCCGCCAGGCCCAGAGCGAAAUGGACGUCGUCUACCACGUUGGGGACAACAAGCUGGACAUCAAGUCCGUCAACGAGCACGGCAUCCAGAUGGGUUUGAGCCGCGCCCGACGCUCGACGCUCGAGAUUACAGGUUUCGCGCCGAGCUACAAGCCCGUGUCGGACGUCUCGGACACCGAGACCGAGAUCUGGCUGCAUGUUUUGGCGACUUACCGCGCUGGGACAGCCGUGGCCAGCGCCGCCAAGCCGGCAGCGCCCGAGCGCUGCGACCGAGGGGUCGCCUCGGAGGCCGACGAGUCUCAGCCGGAGACUGUUUGCGACGAGCUCGAUGGCGCUGCAUUUUUCGAGCAGCAAGUGCGCCAGGCCAUAUCAGACAUCAUCACGGAGUCGCCAAACGGUAUCAUCACCGCAGCCAUCCGGCUCGAGUUCAUCUCAGGCUCCAACAGCUUUUACGGACGCGUGCCGCGGCAGAUCCAGCGGCCGCAGCUUUUCACGAACCAGCGGCCGGAGGUCAUGCCCCCGUCGCAGCGGAAAUGCAUGACAUCUCCCAGGGUGACGAAUCCGGAGGCCAGUUGCUCGAAUGCGCCGACGCCGAGUACUUCCCGCCUGCCGGCGGUCUCCAGCAUGUUGAUGGGGGGGCCGCAGGCGGAAGUGGCAAGCUACGAGUUGGAUGCGCGUUGCGCGACGUGCGACCAGCUCCGCGUUAUCCUGCGCGCGCUGAGGGCCGAGGGCCAGGACAAGAAGGCGCAGGACAUCCCCGGGCUCGGCAAGAUGCACAAGCACGAGGUUCAGGAGUUGCGCAGGGCCAAGGACAACGAUAUCGACCAGCGCACGACCGUUCAGGAGCUCAGGCAGCGCCUGAAGGGCUGGAAGGUCGAGAACGCGGUCAGCGGCGCCUCGAGCACCGCGGCCCAUCCAAGCUCGCAGAUCACGGGGAACGACAAGAUGCGCUUCGGCAAGUACCCGACCGCGGAUUACCGCUGGGUGCUCAAGAACGACUUGGGUUACGCGCAGUGGGCGGUGCUGGAGCUGGACAACGGCCCGGCGAGCCCGCUCCUGGCGCACUUCGGCAGGUGGGUCAAGGCUCGCGGAGUGAAGCAAGGCAGCUGGGCGGGUCACCGCUUUCCGAGGCCGGUCGAGGGGCGCGAGAUGGACACCAGCGACCACGGCUUCCAGAAGGCGGGCGAGACCGACCAGGAGACGGACGCGGCGUCUCCGCGCAUUAAGAAGGGCAAGCGCGUCGGCCUACUCUACCAGGUCACGGGCUUGCUGAGCACAUUCGCUUGUCAGGCGGUGCUCACGGCGGACUGGCUGGCCCAACCUCUCAAGCCGUUCGCUCAGUAUCCGACGAGCACCGCGCAGUACGUGGUGGACCACGUGAGGAACGUCAAGGAGGUCUACACCAUCCGGAGCAAAGGCGCGGACGUCAUGCAGGUGUUCGGAGGCGAAGGCGGCGUCGCCGAGGCGGCAGUGCGCUGCAACAUGACAGCCACGGAGGUGAUCGACCGCAAGUACGGCCGGGACCUCUGCAAGCAGAAGGGCAAGCAGGCACUGCGGCGAUUGUGGCGCGCGGAGCGGCCAUUCCUUUUCUUGGCCCGCGACCUCGUCAUGUCUCAGCUCGAUUCAGGCGGCGUCGCCAUGAUCGAGAACCCGGCCACCAGCCGGAUUUGGACACAUCGCAUCAUGAUGGAGAUACUUGCCGACAAGCGCGUACACCAGGUGGGGUGCGAUCUGCGCGAGUGCGGGGCUCGACGCUACAAGACGGGGGGGCUCAUCAAGCACCCCGCCAGGCUGCUCGUCACCCACAGGGAGUUCGAGCGGCUACGCCGCACCUGCAGCCACGCGCACCACGACCAGACGUUCGAGGACAACGUGGCGGCGCGGAAGUUUGGCGUUGAUCCAGCCAAGUUCUGCCGAGCGGUGGUGCGCAUCGUCGAGCAGGUCGUUCGCGGGCAGGGUGGGCCUUGCGCCUGCCAGGUGGGCUGCAGGGUUUCCUCGCCGCCCUUCAUUGCGACGGAGUUGAAGGGGCAGGCCACCGCCUACGUGAGCGGCACCGCGCCCCUGGGAGAGACGGGCGAGCUUGUUUCGGGCACAGGCCCCAUGGGCGGCGGAGACGACUUCGCCGACACUCACGACGUUAAGGCCGACGAGACUGUGGACGGCAGGGGACCAGCGCACCUCCACUUCGUGCAAGAUUUCGGCGACGACGUGGGCUUCGAUUGCUUCGAGCCCAAUGACGUCGACGGCGAGACCUACUGGUACUUCAGCAUCGUCGACUUGGCCACUACCUUCCACGUCGCGACGCUGAUCGGUCGCCACGCCAGCCGGGUGUUCGCUACGGCCUUCGAGAGGUGCCGGGCCUCCUGGGCCGGCGUCGCGGACCUAGUCCACUUCGACAUGGAGAGGGGUUUCGGCGGCGUUCUCAGCGAGCUGUUACAGUCUGCCGAUGCGGUGCAGCUACCUAUCGCUGGACAGGCCCACUGGCAGCUCGGUCGAGUGGAACGUCAGGGAGCCUGGCGGAAGGAGCUCGCUGCAAGGACGACCGAGCACUCGUCGAUCAGGGGCGAGGACGAGAUGCGGGCGCUGGGCAUCAUGGCGUCGGGCGCGAAGAACUCGCUGAGGAGGCGGGCCCGCUUCAGCCCCGCGCAGUGGGUGCUGGGGCGCGAUCCCAAGAUGCCCGCCGACCUGGUGGACGACACGGCCAACUACAGCGCCCACAGUCUCGCCACCAAUGACGAGAAUAUUCGUCGCCAAUAUGCUAUUCGGACGGCGGCGCGCGAGGCGCUCAUGCGGAUGCAGAACGACGACCAGCUCAGGCGAGCUAUGCUGGCUCGCGCGCGCACCGUGGCCACACCCUUGUCAGUGGGCGAGAUGUGCUACAUUUUCCGCCAAGUCAAGAAGAAGGAGCAGAAGGAGCAGCACAAUCGCAACGCCGAGAAUGGCAUCUGGCGGGGGCCGUGCGUGGUCAUUGGCCACCAGGGCAACGACGCCUGGGUCUCGCUGGGAGGGCGCGCCAUGCUGGUGGCCCCGGAGCACAUCAAGGCGCUCGCUCCGGACGACGUCUGGUUCCCGAACGGCCGGGGCGAGAUCUGCCAGGCCGUGGCCGAGCUCAACAGGGCUCGCGACUCGUUCGAUCAGGAGGGGGCCCCAGUGGAGGACAUCCGCCCCGAGCCGGGCCAGUCCGAGGUCCAGCCAGACGAGGUGGAGCAGGCGUGGCGGGAGUUCAUCGACAGCCCAGACGACGACGACCUGAGGCUGAACGUUAUGAG